AUGGCCAAGGAAGACUUCAAGGACGAUAUCAAGCACCUCGAAGAUCCCACCGGUGUGGGCUCCUCCGAGGAAAUCAGCUUGGAUGAGCUCGACUCCAUCGAGAAAACCGACACUGGCAAGUACUCAUGGCUUGUUUCCAUCACUGCCGCCAUUGGCGGCAUGCUGUUCGGUUACGACACCGGCAUCAUCAGUGCCGUUCUCGUCUAUAUCAACGACGACCUCGGCAAACACCUCUCUUCGCAAGAGCGUGAACUCAUCACUUCCAUCACCUCUGGCGGUGCCUUCAUUGGCGCCAUCUUUGCUGGCGCCACUGCAGAUCGAUAUGGCCGGAAAGUCGCCAUCUAUGUCGGAUGUGUGCUCUUCACUCUUGGUGCCAUCAUCCAAGCUGCAUCCUUUUCGCUCGCUCAGAUGACUGUUGGUCGUCUCGUUGUGGGCUUCGGCGUCGGCAGCGCUGCCAUGAUUAUUCCACUGUACAUUGCCGAAGUGUCCCCUGCGAAGUACCGCGGCCGUAUGAUUGGUCUCGAUAACAUGUCUAUUACCGGUGGCCAGCUCGUGAGCUACGGAAUUGGAGCUGGCUUUGCCCAUGUUACCGGUGGUUGGAGAUACAUGGUCGGUGGAGGUGCGCUACCCGCCCUCAUUCUCGCCAGUCUUCUUCCGUUCUGCCCCGAAUCGCCUCGACAGCUUGUAUACCACGGCAAGAUGAAGGAGGCCGCCGAUGUCAUCCGAAAAAUCUUCCCCAACGGUACCGAGGAGCAAGUCCAGAACAAGGUCAAGCACAUUACCCACCAUGUAGAGCAGGCCAAGGCACUGAAUGCCGGCAAAUCUCAGUGGUGGGUGCUCAAGCAGCUCUACGUUGUUGGUGCCAACUUCCGCGCUUUGGUGGCGGCCUGUGGCUUGAUGGCCAUCUCCCAGCUCACCGGGUUCAAUGCCCUCAUGUACUAUUCGCCAGUCAUCUUUUCUCUUGUUGGAUUUUCCAAUCCCGUGGCCGUGGGAACCGUCAUUGCGGGGACCAACUUCAUCUUCACCUUUGUCAACCUCUUGCUGGUUGAUCGUGCUGGACGCCGCCGAAUUUUGCUUUGCACGGUUCAAUUCAUGAGCUUGGCUCUGGUCAUCGCUGCCAUCUGCUUCAAGUGGAUUCCCAUCAACCAUGACCUCAGCCUGGCCGAUGAUGCCAAGGUUGGAUGGCCUGCCAUCGUUGUUUUGAUCAGCAUGGUCUUUUUCGUGGGCUUCUACUCUUCCGGUAUCGGCAACACUGCUUGGCUUUCGUCCGAGUUUUUCCCCAUGGAGGUCCGAGCCAUGGGUACAAUGAUGUUGACUUUGUCGUGCUGGGGAUCCAAUAUCAUCGUUUCGUCCACGUUCUUGACGCAGAUGGAGAACAUGACGCCCUCCGGAACUUUCGGCUUCUAUGCCGCAAUCUGCAUGACGGGUUACGUCUGCAUCUACUUCUGUUACCCCGAGGUUAAGGGAAUGACUCUAGAGGAUAUUCGAGAGGUUUUCCAGCACGGUUUUGGUGUUCAGAGGGCUAGGGAGAUGCAGAAGGAGAUGAAGCGGGCCCGCGCAUCGGACGUAGCCUCUAAGGCUUGA